UAAAUCAAAACCCAUGGUAAACGCAUGUUAUCUUCACUUUGAUAUACAGGCCGAGUUGUUUGAAACUGAUAUUAAAAUGGAAGAGCAAAUGAGUGACAUAUCUGAAGCCAUUUCCAAAUAUUCCAAUGGGAGCGGAACAAACAACAAGAUAACUGCAACGCUCUUACCUCUUAGUCUUGUUGGUGACAUAGAGUCCUCGAAAUCCAUCAGAUGCACAGCGACUGGAACUAGUGAAUCAGUAUAUGGUUCACCGUUGUCUCUUGAACAUCUUCGAUAUCAAAUUCCCUAUCAAUCAGCCAUUGCCAAUGCUGAACAUUGUUGUACACAGAUACUAACUUCAACUAGAUAUAGAUCAGCUGCUACUAGUGGUCAACCACAAGGUUCUGGUGCAAAGGUGUCUUCUAAACUCCCAAAUAGACCAAUUUCAGCUCCCAAUGCUAGAUCAGUUUUAAUGAAUACCGAAAAGGUUCCAACUGUAGAAAAGACAAUAACCAGAGAAGAAUUCGCCCAAGCUCAAACUCCUGUCAAACACAACAUUCCUGUGUUUGUUACUUUGCGCCAACAAUUGAAUGUUAAAAUGUCAAGAAAUGAAUAUAUGAACAUCGGCAGCUGUAUGAAAAUAGGCAAUACACUAGUGUUUACCGACUAUUUAAAUAAGCAACUCAUUAUUCGCAAAACAGAUGUAGCUGAUGUUUUUUAUAUUCCUUUGCCUUAUAGACCAUGUUAUAUAACAGACAUAGACAGUAUUACUGUGGCAGUAACCUGUACACUUGACAGAUUCAUACUGAUAAUAAAUGUAUCCACAGGUGAAGUCACCAGUACAAUCGAAACUAGUGAUUGUCUUUGGGGAAUAUCAUAUUAUAAUAAUAACCUGUACGUUGUCAUUGGUAGAAGUAUAAAGCAAAUGCAUGUGAUGGAUCUGACGGGAAACGUUAUACGUACUUUACCUUUAGGCACUAUCCGUGGCAUUACAGUACACAGAGACAGGCUUGUUUGUAUAGAACUCACAACAAUCAACUGCUUCGCGCUAGACGGAAAACUAUUGUGGAGGUUUGAAAAUGAGAAAUAUCGAAACUUAAAUCGUGUGAUAACAGAUAAUGACGGAAAUGUCUAUGUGACUGAUGAAAAUACCAACACUGUACUUGUUGUAUAUGAUGAUGGUCGACAUUAUGGGGACAUUCUAACAGUAUCAGAUGAACUGUGUCAACCUGCAGGAAUUCACUUUGACAAAAAACAAAAUAUUCUCAUUGUUUGUAACAGACAAGACGGGAAGGCUUUCCUUUUUGACGUAAAAAAGAAAUAAACAUAAAUAAUCUUGGAGUACAUGUUGAGGCAGCUAGUAUGUUCUAAUCUCUUGUGCAUUUAUUUAAUCGCAAAGCAUUAUCUGUUUGUUAUUCAUAGACUAAUCAACAUAAAAGAUUGUCAUUUGUCUU